AUGACGGAACAUCUGGAGCUCCAACAUCUAGUGGACCUUUCGGUCGGAAGUGGUGAUGAAUCAAUGCCGAACUUGCUGGAAAACAGAAGACCUCUCUCCAAAAGAUGCCCCUACCUGGGUUUGAUGCUGGCGAUGCUUUCCUCACUCUUCUUCUCCCUAUGCUCUGUGAUAGUCAAAAGCCUGGUAAACAUAGACCCGAUGCAGCUCGCAAUGUUUCGGUUCAUGGGAGUUUUGUUGCCGACUGUACCGAUCAUAAUUUACACCGAACAAACUGUAUUCCCUGAAGGUAAACGCUUGCUGCUGUUCUUACGUUCCAUCGUGGGUACCGUGGGGCUCAUGUUGAGUUUCUAUGCGUUCCGUAACAUGCCGUUAGCGGACGCGUCGGUCAUUGUGUUCUCUGUACCCGUGUUCGUAGCUUUGUUUGCGAGAGUAUUCUUAAAGGAGCCGUGUGGUAUCUGGAACACCCUGUCUAUAAUGUUGACACUCAUUGGAGUUAUUCUAAUAACUCGGCCACCGUUUAUAUUUGGUGAAACGAAGGUUGAAAACAAUCAGAACUAUAACAGCCUACGUGGAGCUAUAGCAGCAUUUGUUUCAACGAUAUUCGGUGCCAAUGCAUAUGUGCUACUGAGAGUGCUUAAAGGCUUGCAUUUUUCGGUGAUUAUGACUAAUUUUGGUGCUAUUGCAACGAUGCAGACAUUGUUUUUUUCCAUCAUGUUUGGGGUUCUUUGUAUGCCGAACUGUGGUACGGAGAGAUUCCUAGUUCUAUGCCUUGCUAUAUUCAGUUAUCUGGGACAGAUACUUCUGACCAUGUCCCUACAAAUGGAGCAAGCCGGUCCUGUAGCUAUCGCUCGUUCAGCUGACAUAGUGUUUGCAUUCUUUUGGCAAGUUAUGUUUUUCAAUGAAAUACCUAGCAAGUAUUCAAUAUGCGGUGCGAUUCUAGUAUUAAGUUCGGUAUUACUUGUCGGUUUAAGGAAAUGGGCAUUAUCAUUGCCGGCUGAUUCACGAUUGAAGCACAGACUGGGUGUUUUGGCUCAAUAA